AUGAGAAGAAGGCAAGGAGAAGAAGGCAAGGAGAAGAAGGCAAGGAGAAGAAGGCAAGGAGAAGAAGGCAAGGAGAAGAAGGCAAGGAGAAGAAGGCAAGGAGAAGAAGGCAAGGAGAAGAAGGCAAGGAGAAGAAGGCAAGGAGAAGAAGGCAAGGAGAAGAAGGCAAGGAGAAGAAGGCAAGGAGAAGAAGGCAAGGAGAAGAAGGCAAGGAGAAGAAGGCAAGGAGAAGAAGGCAAGGAGAAGAAGGCAAGGAGAAGAAGGCAAGGAGAAGAAGGCAAGGAGAAGAAGGCAAGGAGAAGAAGGCAAGGAGAAGAAGGCAAGGAGAAGAAGGCAAGGAGAAGAAGGCAAGGAGAAGAAGGCAAGGAGAAGAAGGCAAGGAGAAGAAGGCAAGGAGAAGAAGGCAAGGAGAAGAAGGCAAGGAGAAGAAGGCAAGGAGAAGAAGGCAAGGAGAAGAAGGCAAGGAGAAGAAGGCAAGGAGAAGAAGGCAAGGAGAAGAAGGCAAGGAGAAGAAGGCAAGGAGAAGAAGGCAAGGAGAAGAAGGCAAGGAGAAGAAGGCAAGGAGAAGAAGGCAAGGAGAAGAAGGCAAGGAGAAGAAGGCAAGGAGAAGAAGGCAAGGAGAAGAAGGCAAGGAGAAGAAGGCAAGGAGAAGAAGGCAAGGAGAAGAAGGCAAGGAGAAGAAGGCAAGGAGAAGAAGGCAAGGAGAAGAAGGCAAGGAGAAGAAGGCAAGGAGAAGAAGGCAAGGAGAAGAAGGCAAGGAGAAGAAGGCAAGGAGAAGAAGGCAAGGAGAAGAAGGCAGAAGGCAAGGAGAAGAAGGCAAGGAGAAGAAGGCAAGGAGAAGAAGGCAAGGAGAAGAAGGCAAGGAGAAGAAGAGCAAUGAAGCUGAAUUCCAAAGAAAAUGAUGAAAGGUAUGAUCCAUUCAGUUAG